GUCCGAUGGGGAUUUGCAACGCGCCUGCCACGUUUCAGCGAGCUAUGGACAUGACGUUCCAUAAUUUCGUCAACGAGACACGGCUGACACAGGGAUGAUUAACUUCUGCGUGAUCGUGUACAUGGACGAUAUCCUGGUCUAUUCAGAAACCUAUCACGGGCAAGCGCAACAUAUCGAAUGGACAUUGGGCGAGUUGAGAGACGCUGGGUUCAAGAUUGCGCUCGAGAAGAGCGAAUUUUUCCUCUCGGAAAUUUUGUUCUUGGGCUACGUCGUGACACGUGGAGGAUUACGACCGGAAAUUUUGUUCUUGGGCUACGUCACUGACGCAGGUUCGAGCCUUUUGGGGUUAACGUCAUACUACCGGCGCUUCAUCAAGGGCUUUGCCGCGAUUGCACGGCCAUUAACGAACCUGAUAAGGAAGGACCAGCAUCUCAGCUGGGACGCGGAGUGCCAACAGGCUUUCGCAACCCUUAAGGACGCUCUGGCGACGACCCCUAUUUUGAUUCGGUCGGACCCCUUGAAACAGUUCAUUCUCAUCACGGACUGUCAAUCGGAAGCUAUCUCCGCUAUUUUAGCGCAGAAGGGGAACGAUGGUCAUGAACACGUCAUCAAAUACGCGUCAAGCACGGUACCGGACGAGCGAAGGAAUGACUCAGCACCUCAGGAGUUCCGGUUCGCGACCGACUCCCAGGUGAUGGUGCUGGCGGAAGCAACGACGUUCCAACGGCGAGCGGCCCCGGGUGUUAGCCACGUGUCUACCGUGGUAGUCUUUAGCGGCGACAUCACCGCCUUCGAUCCGGCGCGGCAAGCCGCCAUCAAGAGCACCUUGUACAAGUGGGGUCGUGAUCUGGCCACUGAUUGGGAUCGACGGCUCACAAGGCAUGGUGACGAGUGUUAUCCUAUCGACGACAUCGAGCUCCCCCUCGAUAUCAUCUCUCAGAGCGACGAAGAGCCCGUGCCGCACGUCCUCUCAAGGGCUCUCGCCCCGAGCCUCCAGUGGUCGGCUUGUAUCGAGGAGCGUUGGGCGGACGGUCGUUUUCCAUCCCGCAGCGAGUACCUGGACGUCCACAGCCUAACUAACCCCCGAUUCUUCCGGCAACCAACGGCGUUCGAGUGGGCCGCGCUAAGAGAGGAAGAAGAAGCAGAAGAAGAAUCGGAAGCAGAGUUAAGAAGAGAGGCCGGGGAAGCAGCGGCCCGGUUGGCCGAGGACGAGGAAGAAGAACGCAAAGCGGAGGACGAAGAAGAGGUAGAGGAGGAGACUUCGGAAGAGGAGGAGGAAGCCUAUAGCGAACACAGUGAGGGGGAGCGAAGCGAAGAGGAGGAGAACGAAGGCGACAACGAAGGAGUGGAAAGUGGAGAAGACGAUCGGGAGCUAACGCACGACGACGAGAUCGAGCGAGGCCUGAACCGGAUCAUCGAGAGGAGAACCCUGAGGCCACCGCGCAGCGCAAGAAGGAGGUCGCGGAAGGAAAGCGGCCAGUGAUCGACUCCGCACCGAACGAUC